GGGCCAACCUGUGGUAUAAAAGCAAUCCGUCUGCUGGGGUCGCCACUGUUAUUUGGGCAUAUCGUCCAGGUAUUUGCACUCUUUCUGGGAGGAUUUUCUGCUAUUCUGGGAUCCGUUUUUGAUAAACAACGUCGGCAAACGUCUCAAGUAAUAUGGCAAGCCUUCCCAAAGUAGUCCAUGGCAACCUGGAUGAUCUGCCGCGCAAGGUCAAGGAGUAUGUCCUGGAGAAGGCCCAGCUGUGCCAGCCGGCCUACAUCCACAUCUGCGAUGGAUCUAAAGAGGAGAAUGUAGCUAUGCUGACCGGGAUGGUGGAGCAAGGAGUUCUCAAGAAACUCACCAAAUACGACAACAACCAUUUGGUGAGGACAGACCCCAAGGAUGUCGCCCGUGUGGAGAGCAAGACGGUCAUCUCGACUCCCAAGAAGAGGGACACCAUCCCCACCCCCAAAGAAGGGGUAGAGGGGAAAGUGGGCCGCUGGAUGUCACCGGAAGACCUGCAGAAGGCGCUGGGGGAACGCUUCCCCGGAUGCAUGAAGGGGCGCACCAUGUACGUGGUUCCGUUCAGCAUGGGGCCCUUUGGAUCUCCCCUCUCCAAGAUCGGCAUUGAGCUUACCGACUCUGCGUACGUGACGGCCAGCAUGCGCAUCAUGACGCGCAUGGGCAAGCGAGCUCUGGACGUGCUCGGCGACGGAGACUUUGUCAAGUGUCUGCACUCGGUCGGCCAGCCACUGCCCAUGGCGACCCCACCACUCAACAACUGGCCCUGCAACCCAGAGAAGACCAUCAUCUCCCACGUCCCAGCCAACCGAGAGAUCUUGUCCUUCGGCAGCGGUUACGGCGGCAACUCUCUCCUGGGCAAGAAGUGCUUUGCCCUCCGCAUCGCUUCUAGUAUCGCAAGGGACGAGGGCUGGCUGGCCGAACACAUGCUGAUCCUUCGUCUGACCAAUCCCCAAGGAGAGCAGAAGUACAUCACCGGGGCUUUCCCCAGCGCCUGCGGCAAGACCAACCUGGCCAUGAUCACCCCAAGCCUGCCGGGCUGGAAGGCGGACUGCGUUGGUGACGACAUCGCCUGGAUGAAGUUUGACAAGGACGGGCGUCUGCGCGCCAUCAACCCAGAGUAUGGCUUCUUCGGCGUGGCGCCGGGGACUUCCGACAAGACCAACCCAAAAGCAAUGCACACCUUCCAGAGUAACACUCUGUUUACCAACGUCGCCGAAACCAGCGAGGGCGCUUUCUACUGGGAGGGACUGGAGGACCAGACUACAAAGGGUGUAUCCAUCACCACUUGGAAGAACAAAGAGAACUGGUCCAAGGCCGAUGGCGUGACAGCCGCCCAUCCCAACGCGCGAUUCUGCGCCCCGGCGUCGCAGUGCCCGACCCUUGACCCCGCCUGGGAGUCCCCAGAAGGCGUGCCCAUCGACGCCAUCUUGUUCGGUGGACGCAGGCCAGAGGGAGUACCUCUUGUGUACGAGACUUUCAGUUGGCAACAUGGCGUCUUUGUUGCGGCUACAAUGAAAUCAGAGUCCACUGCAGCCGCUGAGCACAAAGGCAAGAAGGUGAUGCACGACCCCUUCGCCAUGCGCCCCUUCUUCGGCUACAACAUCGGCGACUACAUCCAGCACUGGCUGAACUUCAAGGACAAGCCGGGCCUCAAGCUGCCCAAGAUCUUCCACGUCAACUGGUUCCGCGUCGACGACCACGGUGAGUUCCUCUGGCCUGGGUUCGGUGAGAAUGUCCGGGUCCUGGACUGGAUCAUGAAGCGCUGCAACGGCGACGACGUGGCCGACAAGACACCCGUCGGGUACGUCCCCAAGAAGGGCACCAUCGACACCAGCGGGUUUGAGAAGCCGGUGGACAUGGACGCGCUGUUGCACCUCCCCAAGGAGUUCUGGCUGAACGAGGUGGAGGAGAACCGCAAGUACUUCGAAGAGCAGAUCGGCACGGACCUACCUCAGGGCCUGAAAGAUGAGCUACACGCCCUGGAAGAACGUGUCAAGGCCAUGUAAGAAGCAAAGGUUGUCUUUAUAAACAAGGGCUUGGCCUUCCUGACGUAGUAUUGAGCUCGGAACUUUCUGAAAUCCUGUUACAAGAACAUCCAAAGGCAGGAAUCAAGUUACAUAAGUUGUGCUCUAACAGUGGUGACCACUAGAUUAUAGAGGUCCAUCAGGUUAUAGGCUAACUUUUUGGUUGAGCAGGCUUGAUAGAAAUACUGAGCCUAGAGUACUAAUACUACGUUGAGAAAGAGCCGACUCCUGUUUAUAAACUUGACAUCGGCCAAACUGCCAAAAUCUUCUGCUGAAGAUCUUACGGUUGCAGUCAAUAUAUUAUGCUUAGCGUGAAACUGUAGGCUUAAACCUAAUUGAAUUUCCUGAAAUAAAAAGUGUUACUAAGAGUAUUAACAAUGUUUAUUUAGAUAUUAAAGAAUAUAGAGUUUUAAACAUGAAAUUUGCUGCUGUUCGACAGCCAAGUUUUAUUAUUCCUCAAAGGAAUAUUUCAUAUCAACUCCUGCCACAAAAUAAGUUGGCAUUAACAAAAAAAAUGACAGUAUUACAAGUUAAUGCAGUAAAGUAAAAACAAAAAUAAUUUACCAAAUAAUUUGGACCAACCGGUGUACAAACGGAAGAAACACAAUAGCAUCAGCAAAAUGUACUAGAAUUACAAGAUGUGUGUUUUGAUUUGAUUUUCAUUGUGAAACAAGUGAACGUGAAAAGGCUGAAAAGUAUACAAAGAAAAGUUACUAAAACUUAGUCUCUAAUUGCGGUAUUUAGGUGAUGUUCUUGAAGUGAUUGUAUUAUGCAGCAUGACUGAACCUUUAGCGGAUACAUGUGUACUUCACAUUUGAUGUAAGCAAAAAGAAAGUAACACAGUGAUAUAUACUUGUAUUACAAUGUACUAAAUGUACUCUUCCUAAGUAGUUGUAAAUGCAAACUGUUGAAUAACUUUCCUUUUUAACCAUUUUUUUUUAAGGGGGUGGAGGAGGGAGGUAAGAUUCCAACAACUCAUUAAUUUGAAACUUGACCAAAACUUCUACCUCCAUUUUAUAACUUGUGAACACAUGAUAUCAUGUUUGGGCCAUAAACAGCCAAAACAAUGUGUAUACACCUGUGGUAUGACGGGAGUGCAGCAUCAUAACUUUAGUUGUGUUUUAUAUCGCAUUCUUGAAAUUACUUUACAAACGGAUUGAUAACUUUGUACUACUUUAGGAAAUUGGCUGAGUUUUUGAAGUUGUGCUAUCGAACUUUCGCCACUGUUCUUUGCAACCACCAAACGGAAGAGAGAAAGAUUGUUUUAAUCAUUUUAAAGGGAAGAUACAACAUUUGCAAACAUCAAAAAAACGAAAUGAUCAAAUUGUCACAAAAUUCCUUACUGGAUUGUUAGGGAAUGACUGUCUAAAGCAUCCUGUAAAUUCAUGGCUCCUGGUGUGCUGACAUUUUCAAGAAAAAUUGUAUUUUGCCAACGGUGGUCGGCCGACCAGCGUUGGCGAAAACUGGCUUUUAAAGAUAACGAAUAAUAUUAAGUUUAACUUAAGGGUAGGCAACUGUUUCUAAGCUAUUCGCACAAAUUGUAACAUAAGUCCUGAGGAUCACUAUUCUAUUUUAGUACAUUGUCUUAUUUUUCCACAACCUAAUCAAGUUUUGUUGAGUAGAUAUAGUCGAUGUGAUAUAAAAACUAUAUCUGGUGUCAAGUGAAGUGACCUACCGCGAGUAUUUUCGUGCCAACUGAGUGGUAGUUAUAACAUGUAUAAUGUGAAGUACCCUCGAUGCUGUGCACAAAACAGAUAACGCAAUAAAUGUGUGGUUGAUUAGCUAACAGCAACAGGGUGAAUAUGUAUAUCUGUAAAACUUAAUUGUGUAUUUUUCUCCUCUAGAUCUUUCCAAGACCUUUUUUACCCUUUGCUUUGAUAUAUGCAUUGAAGUAAUCGUUUGAAAGCAAAUAAAACGCAGAUGUGAUUGCAUAGAAGUG